AACAGGAGAGUCUACGCAUGGACUUUGGUAAGUGCUCGGCAAUAUUAGCGGGACGAAAAAGCUGCGAGGUAGGAAGUCAAAGGCACCAUCACUCCGAGGAAGAGGUGCAGGAGGGGUGCCUCCUGGGGCAGGUGAUAGACCUGCGACCGUCGGCUCCCUCCUCUGAGAGCGUGCACGCCUGCGAACCACCUCAAGAGACGUCUACCCACCCAUCGAACAAGGAGGAAACCAUCCUCUCCGUUGAGGCCCAGGCACAACAGAGCGUGCACAAGUUGCAGGAGGGGUUGACGGCGUUGCCUGUGAGGGAACUGGUGAAAACCUUCCGGCAAGCGCAGGAGGAGCGCGUUCAAGCCUACAAUUUUUUUGAUCAGGGCUUGGCCCAAAUUCUGUCGUCACGGGCAUUCACUGAAUACGAUGCAUUGUGCGCGGAAGCUACGGCCAAGUUCGCAGUUUUGAGCAACCUUGUGAACGCGGUUGCGGAGUGCCUGGGGAGGGAUCCCUACAACAGAGUAGUUCUGGCAAGGUUACUUCGUCGAAUACAAGCGGAAGAAAAGGAGAAACUGUCUCUCACAGCCGCCCUGCAUCUGGAAAAGUUUAGACUCGCGACUUCCACGUGCAGUGGCGCUGCAGGGAAUGAAAAUUCUGACGGGCGGGAAGCAAUGCUUUUGCGUGAAGGCGCUAGACGGUUAGAAACGAACAUCAGACAUGUUGUAUGUCGCAUAAAUGAUGUGUUGGAGGAAAUAAGGUAUGAGGAAGAGGAAGAAUAGGACAAAAAAGAGGAAAGAGGUUCGGCC